GACUUUAACAUCAAUAACAUCUUCAUUUCAUUUCUCUUGAAUUGCUUUCCUAACCCUUUUUUGCAACUUUUCCAUACACUCGCUUUCGUCUGCUCUUAAUUCACUCGCUAUCUAGUCCGCUUUUAAUAGAGUCUUUCGUUCUCUUCACGAACUUAAACCUUACCUACUUACUUACCCCUUCGCCGACCCAACAUUUCCCCCCAAAACGCGGUCCCAUACACCAAUAUCGAUAAUACUUCUUACUGGAAAGUGACCAGAGGAUCGAUCAUACAUUGACACACACAUAACAAAUCAAGGGUUUCGACCCAAAUCCAUCCAUCAUGGCUCUCAAUAAUCCAAGUAGCGGAGCUCACUCGCAGCCAUCCCUUCCUGCUCUACCAGCCCAUUUACAAUCAGACACACAUUUAACUGCACAUCUUGCAAGCCGAUUCCACGUUUCCUUACCAACGGCAGAUCUCUCCUCUCACGCCUUAAUAUCUCUCAAUACAUAUUCUUCUUCGACAAAAGGUCCAGAUGGAGGUAAAGAAGGGAGUGCAAUGGGGGGUGCCGAGGGCAUGGCCGACAAGGCAUACACCAGACUUGGGGCCAGAACUGAGAACCAAGCCGUUGUGUUCUUAGGAGAAUCAGGAUCCGGUAAAACCACCGUUCGUUCCCACUUGCUUUCUGCUUUACUGAGCAAAUCCGGCACACCUCUUUCCACCAAGCUAUCUCUGUCCGCAUACGUCUUCGAUACUCUCACAUCCACUAAAACAGCUACCACCCCAACCGCUUCGAAAGCAGGUCUGUUCUUCGAGCUUCAAUAUGACACAGCAUCAACAGUCAACCCAACCUUGAUUGGUGGAAAGGUUCUCGAUCACAGAUUAGAAAGAAGUAGAGUUGCAUCAGUACCGACCGGAGAGAGGAACUUUCACGUAUUGUAUUACCUUUUAGCUGGCACCAGUGCUGCUGAAAAGGCACAUUUGGGAUUAGAUUCAUCUGCAGACCAUGGAGGCGCCGGCAAUCGACUUUCUACCGGAGGUCAAAAGAGAUGGCGAUACCUUGGUCAUCCAACGCAACUCAAAGUGGGAAUCAACGAUGCAGAAGGGUUUCAGUUGUUCAAGACAGCAUUGAGAAAGUUGGAGUUUCCAAGAAGUGAAAUCGCAGAGAUCUGCCAGAUUUUGGCUAGUAUUCUUCACAUUGGUCAACUUGAGUUUGAAACAGCGGAAAAUACGACGGCAAUGGGUGAUGACAGUGGCGGUUAUUCACACGAAGGUAGUCAACAAUUCACUGGUGUGAAAAACAAGGAUGUUCUCUCUAUCAUUGCAGCAUUUUUGGGUGUUGGGGUGACUGAUUUGCAAACCACCCUUGGAUACAAGACCAAAAUUUUGCACAGAGAAAGGGUGACAGUGAUGCUCGACCCUAAGGGUGCCAAGAGCAAUGCAGACGAACUAGCAAGGACUUUAUACUCGUUGCUCGUAGCAUAUGUUAUCGAAAGUAUCAAUCAAAGAGUAUGCGCGCCAGAAGAUUCGGUUGGAAACACCAUCUCCAUUGUCGAUUUCCCAGGAUUUGCUCAACAGCCUGCCACUGACUCAACUCUUGAUCAACUUCUGAAUAAUGCUGCAACGGAAGCACUCUAUAACUUUACCUUGCAAAGCUUUUUCGAAGCCAAAGCUGAUAUGCUCGAGACUGAAGAAGUGACUGUUGCAGCUACCAGCUACUUUGACAAUUCUGAUGCCGUUAGGGGUCUUCUCAAGCACGGCAACGGUCUUUUGAGUAUUCUCGACGAUCAAACCAAGCGUCACAAGACAGACAUACAACUACUAGAAAGCUUGAGAAAACGUUUCGAGGGCAAGAACCCGGCGAUAACAGUCAGCAGUGCUACUGCCAGACUCCCAGGAAGUAACUUUGCUACUCACAAUGCUGCCGCUGCAUUCACAGUUAAGCACUUUGCUGGAGAAGUAGAAUACCCUGUGGCGGGUCUGGUGGAAGAAAAUGGAGAAGUCAUCUCGGGAGAUCUUAUGAACUUGAUUCGUGACACGAAGAGUGACUUUGUAAGCCAGCUCUUUGGUCAAGAAGCUCUUCAGCGUAUGGUUCAUCCACAAGAGAAGUCAACCAUCAUGCAAGCUCAAGUUAGUUCCAAGCCUCUAAGACAACCAAGUGUCAUGCGCCGAAAGGGGGAUCGGCCAAGUCGUUUUGGUGGUGCAAAGAAUGCAGCAGACUCGAUUGAAGACAUCUCGGAAACGAUCGAUUCUGGAAGCAAAGCUAGAAAGGGGCUCAAUAUCGAACAAGGUGCUGCUGCACAGUACCUGUCAUCCUUGGACAAUAUCUUCAAAGCUCUCAACUCACAACACACGAACCCAUACUUUGUAUUCUGUCUUAAGCCCAAUGACCGCCGCAUAGCAAAUCAAUUCGAUAGCAAAUGUGUACGGAUGCAACUUCAAACUUUCGGUAUUGCUGAAAUCAGUCAACGGUUACGAAAUGCCGACUUUAGCAUCUUCCUUCCUUUUGGCGAAUUCCUCGGACUUGCGGACACCGAAACAAUCUUGGUUGGAAGUGAGCGAGAAAAGGCUGAAAAUGUCAUUGAAGAAAAAAGAUGGCCAUCUAACGAGGCUAGAGUUGGAAGUACUGGAAUAUUCCUCAGCGAGAGGUGCUGGGCCGAAAUUGCGAAACUGAAUGAACGUGGUUUCGUCGCAGGACGCUACCCCUUACCAUCUGAUGAUGGUGGUGAGACCAGACUCACACCAGGUGGUGACAACUACGGAGCCUCAAAAGAACGUCUUGUGGGCCCUGGGGCCGGUCUACUCGCACCAUCCCCUGGAGCCUUUGUGUAUGGAGAUAAGAAAUCUGGGUACUUUGGUAGUCAAGACGACGCACGCUCUGAUGCUGGUGCUUCGGCUCUUGGUCAAGGUGACAUGUUCCGUAAUCUGGAUACCAAGGAGCAAUUGGCUGAAAAGGGAAAUGAAAAGACCAUGGUUGAGGUGGAGGAAGUCAAGGUCAGCGCUAGUCGCAAGAGAUGGGUAGCAAUGGUGUACUUGAUGACUUGGUUCGUUCCUGAUUUCUUGAUACGGCUGAUAGGUCGCAUGCCUCGAAAAGACGUUCGGGUGGCCUGGAGAGAAAAGCUUGCGAUCAACAUGAUGAUUUGGUUGGCUUGUCUCUUCUCCGUUUUCUUUAUCGUGGUCUUUCCAAAAUUGAUUUGUCCAACUCAACACGUUUAUAGCGCGGCUGAGUUGACGUCGUACGACGGGAAAAGCGCCGAUGCCUAUAUUGCCAUUAGAGGAGUGGUUUUUGAUCUCUCAAGUUUUACAACUCGUCAUUACCCGUCAAUCAUACCCCAAAAGAGUAUUUUGAAGUAUGCUGGUCUCGAUGCUACUGGCCUAUUUCCGAUUCAAGUCUCGGCUCUCUGUCAAGGAACCACCGGCUCUAUUGAUCCGUCAGUGCAACUUGAUUAUACUUCUUCUAAUGUCAGUGGCUCCGCCUCUACAGUCAGUAGCACAGAUGCCAAUGCUGCAUAUCAUGACUUCCGUGCCUUCAAAAAUGAUUCCCGUCCCGAUUGGUUCAUAGAGCAGAUGAUCAUGCUUAAGGAGUCCGGUUAUUACAAGGGUCACAUUGGUUAUACGGCAUCAUAUGUUAAAUCGCUUGCCAAAAAAUUGGACUCGAUCGGCAUUAUAGAUGGUAAAGUCUAUGACCUUACUAAAUAUGUUUCUGGAGGUCGUAAAAUCAUUGUCGCCGAGGGUGAAACUGCACCUUCGGAUGUUAGUGUCGAUUUCAUGUCACCCUUAGUCGUGGACUUGUUCCAACAAAAAUCUGGAAAGGACCUCACAAAAUACUGGCAUGCUCUUGCCAUUAGUGAUGAGAUGCGAUCUAGAAUGAAGAUUUGUCUCGAUAAUCUCUUCUACAUUGCAGAUGUUGAUACCAGAAACUCUGUCAAGUGUCAAUUUUCCGAGUACUUGGUUUUGGCCAUCUCGAUGAUCAUCGCCUCCGUCAUCGUCUUCAAAUUUCUUGCAGCUCUUCAAUUCGGUGGCAAAAACAUUCCCGAAAAUCUGGAUAAGUUUGUGAUCUGUCAAGUGCCUGUCUAUACAGAAGACGAGGAUUCUCUUCGCCGUGCUAUCGACUCCAUUGCUAGAAUGAAGUAUGACGACAAGCGUAAACUCUUGGUCGUUAUUUGUGAUGGUAUGAUCAUUGGUCAGGGUAACGACAGACCUACUCCACGCAUCGUUUUGGACAUUCUUGGAGUAUCAGAUACUGUUGAUCCUGAACCCUUGAGCUUCGAGUCUUUGGGAGAAGGAAUGAAACAACACAAUAUGGGCAAAUGUUAUUCCGGUCUUUACGAGGUUCAAGGUCAUAUCGUUCCUUUCUUGGUCGUUGUGAAAGUUGGUAAGCCUUCUGAAGUUUCUAAACCAGGAAACAGAGGAAAGCGUGAUUCUCAAAUGGUCAUGAUGCGAUUCUUGAACCGCGUUCACUACAAUGCGCCUAUGAGCCCUCUCGAGCUUGAAAUGUAUCAUCAAAUUCGCAAUAUCAUUGGUGUUAAUCCGACAUUUUAUGAAUUCAUGUUACAAAUUGAUGCCGAUACGGUCGUUGCAGCGGAUUCUGCCUCACGAAUGGUUUCGGCAUUCUUGGACGAUACUAAAUUACUCGGUGUCUGUGGAGAGACGUCAUUGACAAAUUCCAAAGCUACAUUCGUCACUAUGAUCCAAGUUUACGAAUACUUCAUCUCUCACAAUCUGGCUAAAGCAUUCGAAAGUUUGUUUGGUAGUGUUACUUGUUUGCCAGGUUGUUUCACUAUGUAUCGUAUUCGAGCUGCAGAAUCUGGAAAGCCUCUAUUCGUCAGUCGUGAAGUUGUCGAAGACUAUGCCAAUAUUCGAGUCGACACACUUCACAUGAAGAACUUGCUACAUUUGGGAGAAGAUCGUUACUUGACCACACUUCUUAUAAAAUACCAUUCUAAGUAUAAGACCAAGUAUAUCAAUUCCGCUCAUGCUUGGACUAUUGCUCCUGACACCUGGUCUAUCUUCCUUUCUCAACGUCGUCGCUGGAUUAACUCAACCGUACACAACCUUGCGGAACUCGCGCCCAUGUCGGAACUUUGUGGUUUCUGCUGCUUCAGUAUGCGUUUUGUUGUCAUGAUGGAUUUGGUCUCCACCUUGGUUCAACCGGUCACUGUUGCUUAUAUCGUCUAUCUCAUCGUCCUCGUCAUCGAAUCACCAAGUUAUGUUCCUGUGACGGCAUUCAUUCUACUUGCUGCAAUUUAUGGUUUGCAAGCAAUCAUCUUCAUCGUGCGACGCAAGUGGGAGAUGAUCGGAUGGAUGAUAUUUUAUAUCCUUGCCAUUCCCGUGUACUCCUUGUGUCUUCCAUUGUAUAGUUUCUGGCAUAUGGAUGAUUUCUCUUGGGGUAACACUCGUGUUGUCACUGGAGAAUCGGGUAAACAGAUUGUCAUCACUGAUGAAGGAGUAUUUGAUCCUGCAUCUAUUCCACGCAAGAGAUGGGAAGAUUAUCAAGCUGAGCUUUGGGAAGCUCAAACCCAACAAGAUGAUGAUGGAAGAUCUGUAAUCUCAGGAUAUUCCUAUGGUACUAAGUAUCAACCUAACAUUUCAGAAUACGCCAUUCCAGCAUCUGGCCCAAUGUCCCAUUAUGGUGGCUAUGGCGUCGAGUCUAAGAACGGCAAUCCAUAUCAAUCUCGUCUCUCAUUGGCGCCAUCAGAAAUGGGAAUGGGGACGCCAGGAAACCGAGCUAGUCAAUUUAGCGGAAGUCAAUAUUUUGGUCAACAAGAAAUGGAGAUGUCUAAUUUGGCAGGUUUGCCAAGUGAUGACUCUAUCUUACAAGAGAUUAGAGACAUUCUCAGAACAGCUGAUUUGAUGACAAUUACGAAGAAGAGUAUCAAGAUGGAGUUGGAGAAGAGAUUUGGUGUUUCACUGGAUGCUAGAAGAGCUUAUAUUAAUUCUGCAACUGAAGCACUUCUUUCUGGCCAACUAUGAGGAAAAAGAAUGGAGAAAGAUUUAUAUUUGAACUACAUGCAUAUAAAACGGAGUCAUUAUUGUCAUUCUUUCGACGAUUUGAAUUAUUUUCUUACUAGGGUUUGAAAAGAUUUGAGGGAAUCAAUGGGGGUUGGAUUGGGUUUUGAAGCAUUGGAGCGAUCUGAAUUGUAUGGUUGUGAGAAAUGAUUGUAGUGAAGAAGGAAAGGAAAACUUGGUUACAUUAAAUUACCGGAUUUUAUUUGAGCUUGAAAGUUGAUUUCAAGAUGGGCAGAAUGGAAUGCAAUGGGGCGUAAUUAGGGUUUAGGAGAUUUUUUCUCUGAAUAAGAUUAAUAACA